AGAGGCUAUACACUACACCUCAGUUUCGGUCGGCUUUGCAUCGCCAACGGUCGUCGGUCGCGCGGACUUUGGCCCCGAAACGCGCUCGUCGAGAGUCGCACAUUAUGGUACGUGCUGCCGGUGUACGCGCGACGUGAUACACCAGUUUUUUUUGGCCGGGGGGGUUGAUAUAUUUUGGAUAUCAGAAACACGCACGCACGCCGAGCCCUGCCACUUUCGGCAGAGACGUCCGGAGUCAUCCCCGGACCGGUAAACAGCAUCAAUCGAAACGAAACGAUAGUUUAAUGACAUUACUACCACUUACCUGGUCGCCGAUUUUGUACCCGUCCAAGUCGUUGUACGUAUAAGGCCAGCGACGACGACGACGACGACUUACCGAUCGACGGAGGGCGGUCGUGUGCGUGCGUGUGCAAUCAGAUCACAAUCCACGCCACACAUAUCGCUGCAGAUUAAAAAUAAUAUCAUGAUCAUUCUGUCUUCCGAUAAGCCGGCGAAUUUGAAAGUUUAACGAGGCAGUACCUGCACACAGACACGAAGACGGUGAUACACGUGCGUUUCACUAUCUCGGCACGUGCUGCUAUUACUACUAUCGGUGUUCCGAUGGGGUGGACGUUACAACAGCCCAGGUCCCGUCAUUUGUUAUUGCUAUUCAUAACGUUCCGUGUUCAUGCAAUCACGGUCGUGUUCAUCUCCAAGUCGGAUACCAGAGAUUUAUACGAUCACAGUUCGGUGACGUAUAAGCUGGCGGAAAUGGAAAUGCGCGUGGAUCACUUGACCAGAUUGUAUGAACUGAAAGACAAAGACGUCCAGGAACUAAUCAAGCAUUUCAGCUCGGUUCUCAAAACGAUCGUGAAGUCGCUGAAUGUUUCCGUUUCUGAAGACAUAGAAUCGUUAAUGGUUGCUUUCAACAAGUCCGUGGAAAUGGUCAGGUCACCGAUGGCACACUUCGACGUGUACACAUUCCUACCCCAUCUGCGGUCCCACGAGAAUUAUUUGAGGCCUUUGAUAUUACAUUCCGGAGGCAGAAAUGCAGUGUCAAUGGUGUUUGGAGUUCCUACUGUUCGUCGCCAACAACAGACCUACUUGAUACAGACAUUGAUUAACAUCGUAAGCAACAUGAAUCAAACUGAACAGAAAGAUUCGUUAAUAGUAGUGAUGAUUGGCGAAAUCGAUCAGGAAUACACGCAACAAGUUACUGCGGAAAUCAAAAAUCGGCUACCGGAAGCAGUGAACUCGGGUCUCGUGGACAUAAUUGCUCCGUCCCCGGAAUAUUAUCCAGAUUUCAACAAGCUUCGCAUUACGCUCGGUGACUCCGAAGACCGGGUCCGCUGGAGGAGCAAACAAAAUUUAGAUUAUGUUUUCUUAAUGAUGUACUGCCAGCCGAAAGGAUCGUUUUACGUUCAGCUUGAAGAUGACGUAGUCGCGAAGCCGCAAUUCCACACUAUUAUGAAAAAAACGGCUUUGCAAAGGAUAGCCGACGGACGAGAGUGGUUCAUAUUAGACUUCUGUCGACUUGGUUUUAUCGGCAAAAUGAUGAGAUGUUCAGAUUUACCGUGGCUGAUACAAUUCAUCGUGAUGUUUUAUAACGAUAAGCCGGGAGAUUGGCUUUUAGACGGAAUGAUGGAGACCAAAGCUUGUAAUCUUGAAAAAGAUUUUAGAGAUUGUCGAAAACGAAAAGACGAAAUAUGGGUGACAUUCAGACCGUCUCUUUUUCAACAUAUUGGAACCAGGUCUUCUUUAAACGGCAAAAUUCAACUGUUAAAGGAUAGUCUUUUCAAGAAAAGCGUCAACGUAAAACGCAUAAAUAAAAUCAGAGGAAAAUGACCUAUGGUAAGGUACAGGUUACCUGUAGCGAAAAUCAAAAAAGAUUUCAUCAAACGAUGAUGAUAUUAAAAUAACAAUGAAUCGUCUGUGAUUGCUCGAGUGAAUUAAUUUAUUAAUUAUAUGUAAGCACAGCUAUUAUAUUAUUGUAUGAAAGUUCAAAUUCAAACGUUGUCUGUAUAAUAAUAUAGGCAUAAAUAAGUCAAUAUGGAAACAAUACCUACAAUUACUGGUUAUUUUCAUAUCAUUUAAUUGUAUUAUUAUUGAUCUAUGUUUGUUAUUCAUGCGAAAUACACAUCUGCGUAUUGCAUUUACUUCCACUCCAUUUACGCCAAAAAAAAAAAAAAACAAUGACAUAUUGACAUCUGAGAUAAAAACAUUUUGUAACAAUAUAUAUAGGAAAACAAAUUAUAAAAAAAAAUUACAAAAUUAUUCAGGGUUAAUUUAAGGGACCUAAUCAUUCUAGUCUUUAAUUUUUAAUUAAAUGCGUACACUAUUAUAUAAUAGCUGAUGUAUUAUGUACCUAUAUAGAAAUAAUUAAAUAAAUCACAUUUAAAAUAUUAUUGUAUUUAAUUAAAAUAUGUGCCCAAGUGAUAUCAUUAUUUUUUAGAAUAUUAACUAUUUAUAGAUACUUAUAAAAGAAAAAUUAUUACUACCUAGGCAUACGUUAAACUAUUAAAUAUUUACCUAUUGAAAUUAUACAGGUACUUACGUACCUAGUAAACAUAUUAUAAGUUUAUUAUAUUACUUUUAGUUUAAGUUAUUGAAAUUCUUAAAUCAUCAUAAUGUAAAUAAUUUGUACCUAAUAAUAUUAUUACAAUGUAUAUAGUAUAAUAUAAUAAAUAGUAUAAAGUAAUGGUCUUAGAUGUGUUAACGUGUCAUCAAUGAAAAUCAAAUUCAUAACAAAUGUAAAAAACAAAAAAAAAUUUAAAAAUCAGAAAUGCCGAUGAUAUUCGGUAGAAAAGAGAUAUACAUAGUUCAUAUAUGUCACACUGACAAAAGUUUGAUUCGCUUGUAAAAGUACUAAUUGAUGGUAGUACUUGUAACAUUAGUAAAUUUCCAUUGAUAAUUAUAUUUUAUAUGAGUAUGUAUAUUAUGAUUUAUGAGUAUUGUAAUACAACAUAUGAUACGUAGGUACCUAAGUAUUUAUAAGCUAAUGUUACUAAAUAUAUAUUACUGUUUUAUAAAAAAAAGUUGUUGAUUUGAUGAUAACUAUAUAAAUAAACAAAUGUACACCAACA